AUGUGACGUCAUCACAAUCAGUCUCGUGUUUACGUGGAGAACAUGGCGGCGGAGAUGUGGCUGUAGCAAGGAGUCGGUUCCUAAUGCGAGUUCGUCGCAGUGAUUUGACACCAUUACCAAACAAUUUUAAUGUCAACAGACAGACACUUUCCCCACAGACUCUGAGCGUAUUCGCUGACACUUCGCAUGAAGCCCCUUUCCUCUUCUCUCAGCCACAGGGACAACGGUAAUGGAAGACGAGGAGAGGCAAAAGAAGCUCGAGGCCGGCAAAGCAAAGUUGGCUGAGUACCGGCAGAGGAAAGCUCAUGCCGACAGACAGAAGAAGAAGCAGAAGAAGAAAAAGAGGAGAGAAACAGACGACAACCCGGGUGGGGAUGGACCGGGGAGAGGGGAGGCCGAGCAGGAGUUAGAUCAGUCAGUGGGGGAGGGGAAUGGGGGGGGGGUAGGAAGAAGAGGGGAACUGGACCCCCCUACCACAGAGUUUACCUUCGCCAGGACCCUGCACAGUGGUGAGACGGUCAAACACGACCAGACGUACACCAUAGAGCCAGAUAGUGAAGUGUCCACCACAGCCGAAGACUACUCCUCCGAGGUGAAUGGCUGCCUUGAGAUGACCGAGAACCCAAUGGAGACUUACAAGGAGUUUAUCUGGGAGGAAGUGGGCUCUGUUCAGCAGGAGGCGAGGGGUGGAAGUGUACAGGUCAUGGAGGAAGAGCUGGCUGCCAAGACUCUGGCGGUAGAGGAGCUGAGCCGAGAGCUGGAGGAAUUUAGAGUGGCUUUCGGCUCAGAGGGGGUACAACAGCUGCAGGACUUCAAGGCUGCCUUAAAGCAGCGAGAUGGCAUCAUCACCCAACUCACAGCCAAUCUGCAGCAGUCUCGCAAAGAGAAGGACGAGGUCAUGAGGGAGUUCUUGGAGAUGACUGAGCAGAGCCAGAAACUGCACAUUCAGUUCCAGCAGCUGCAGGCAGGCGAGACACUGAGGAACACCAGCCACAGCAGCACAGCACAGGACCUCCUGCAGUCCAAGCAGCAGCUUGUCCAAUACCAGCAGCAGCUGGAGGAGAUGGAUGGCCAGGUCAGAGCGCAGCAAAUGAUGAGCAAGGAGCAUCUGCUGCAUGUCAGCCAGCUCCAGCACCGGCUCAACGAGGCUGAGAUGGUGGGAAGAAGAACAGAAGAAUCAUUUGCACAAAGGUUAAAUGAGAAAGACCUGCUGAUUUCGGAACAAACUGCAAUAAUAACAGAACAUGAGCGUACACUGACCAUGCUCAAGGUGGAGCUUACACAGGUGGGAAGGAUGACUGAGGAGACUUUUGCACAGAAGAUGAACGAGAAAGAACUGCUGAUUGCCGAGCAAGAGAGAGUCAUGUCAGAACAUGACUCCUCCCUCCACCAGCUAAAGGGUGAGUUGACGGCCUCUGAGAAAUGCUUAAACGGCCUCAACCAGCAAAUGUCCUCAAAGGCUCAAGAGCUAGAGAGCUGUAAGAGGGACUUGGAUAACUGUAAGAGGGACUUAGAGUGCACUAAGAGUGAGUUGAAUAGCUGUAGGGUUGAGCUGGAGAGCAGUAAGGGUGAGUUGGAUAGCUGUAGGGUUGAGCUGGAGGGCAGUAAGGGUGAGUUGGAUAGCUGUAGGGUUGAGCUGGAGAGCAGUAAGAGUGAGUUGAAUAGCUGUAGGGUUGAGCUGGAGAGCAGUAAGAGUGAGUUGAAUAGCUGUAGGAUUGAGCUGGAGAGUAGUAAGGGUGAGUUGGAUAGCUGUAGGGUUGAAUUGGAGAGCAGUAAGGGUGAGUGGAAUAGCUGUAGGAAUGAGUUAGAGUCAUGCAGGUGCGAACUCUCAGCCUCUAGGCAGAAGGAGCGGAUGUCCUCCAGUGAAAUCCAGCAGCUAAUGGGCACUGUGGAAGAUCUCCAGAAGCGAUGCCAUCAGGGGAGCCUGUCAGAGAGCGACACCUUCCAGAGAAUAGAGGAGGACUCAGCCCGCAGGCUGGAACAUCUUCGGGCAGAGCUAGAUGAGAUGUACGGUGAGCAGAUCGUCCAGAUGAAGCUGGAACUUCGCUUGCAGCACUCUGCGGCCCUGGAGCGGGUCACGGAGCAGCAUCGCGAAGAUCUAGCACUUCUAAGAGCUCAGCAACCCGCGCCCAGUCCCAGUCCCGAGGUGGUGAUUGAGCUUAAGGGCAAGAUCGCAGAGCUUCAGCAGAGGCUCCUAGAGGCCCAGGCUCUCCAUGAGAAGGCCAGACAGGAGCUGACCCAGGUGGCGCAGGAGAAGCUCAACCUUCAGGCUCAGGUGACUGACCUGCUCCAGGACCUCCGCUCAGCCCAUGCCAAAAUGGAGCAGGCCUCCCAUACCUUUGCUGUCCAUGAGCGUUGUCGUGGUGAUCUGCAGCGCUUCCAGGAAACCAUUGAUGACCUGAAGGCCCAGCUAGCUGCCGCUGCAGAGUCAGCAGAAGAGAUUGAGGCCAAGCACGAGUCGGAGACAACCAACUACAAGAUCAAACUGGAGAUGAUGGAGCGUGAAAAGGAUGCAGUGCUGGACCGCAUGGCAGAGUCACAGGAGUCGGAACUGGAGAGGCUGAGGACACAGCUCCUCUUCAGCCACGAGGAAGAACUCAUUCUCCUUCGGGAGGAUCUCCAGAGGGAAAGCCAUCUCAACGCUGAGAACCUCCUCAACGAGGCAUCCAUUCGGCACAGCCGAUCCCUGGAGGAACUGCGGAACGGUUACGAGGUCAAGCGGGACGAGCUGUUACACCAAAUUGUUGCACUGAAAGACGACCUAAAGAUGGCACUGCACAGCUCAAAAGCCGAAGAGCUGGUGGCGCAACUCAAGGAGCUUCAGUUGGAGGUUGAGGAACUGCGAAAGCGUGGAGAAGAAAGUGUCAGAAUGGAAAGGGAUCUCCAAAUGCUGUUGAAAAAGAACGAGUUGCUAGAAAAUGAGUCCAAGGAAAGAGAAAAGAGCUGGGACAACAAAUGGAGGGGGCAGGAGUCAGAAAAUAGGAUUUUGAUGGAAACCAACAACACCAUGAAAGAGGAAGUGGAGUCCAAGACAAAACAAAUUAAAUCUCUCACCACAGAAAAUGAACAAAAGCAGCGACAAGUGGUAGAGUUGCAAGAGGAGAUUGAAAAGCAAAGGAACACAUUCUCUUUUGCCGAAAAGAACUUUGAGGUGAACUAUCAGGAGCUCAAUGAGGAGUAUACGUGCCUUGUUGAGGUAAAGGCGCAGUUGGAAGAGAGGAUUCUCAAGGAGACACUUGUGUUUGAGUCUCAACUUGCCAGCCUUCAGUCGCAGAUUCAGGAGCUGAGGGAGAGCAAGGAAAAUAUCCAAAUGGAGGACAACGGCAGUGCUUCGAUAGAGAAAGACACUACUGAGCUGAUGGAGAAGCUGAAGGUAUCUCUGACAGAAAAGGAGGAACUCGCAGUGAGGCUGUCUGAAGUUACCGAGCAGCUGACUGUUACAGAAGGCGAAUUGGAUGAGCUGGAAGGAGAGCUCAGUCAGGUCAAGAGAGAAAACAAAGAGGUCAUUGCCCAAAACGAAAACCUUGAGGAAGAGCUCGAAAGAGAACGGGAGACUCUGAAGGAGAGAAAGGGAGAGAUGGAACUGCAGAGAGAGGAGGGAGGGAGAGCUGCUCUGAGCCAAGCACAUCUCCAACAGAGAGAGCAGCCUGUUCAGUCUGCAGUCCUAGCUUGCUCCAUCAAGGAUCAUCAUCUCCAGAUCGAAUCUCUCCAAGGGGAGGUAGAGGUGCUCCGCUCCUCCUUACAUGCCGCCGAAAUAGAGCGAGAUCGCCUCCGGCACACCCCGGAGGCUCGGCACCAGAGCCAAACACUCGCUCCGUCUGCAGCCCCAUCUCAGGUCUCGACUGUGGGGGAGGGACCUGUUGAGCAUAGCUCCGCUGUAGAGCCUUCAGCCUCUGGGUCAGACAGGCGCAAGACACAGCAGCGGCGAGGCAAGAAGAAACGGCAGAGCUCUGCCCAAUCCAAAGAGAAGAGAGAGAAGGAGGAGGUGGUGGAGAGAAACAAAGCUGGAGGUUCUACUGCUGCAGCAGAGCGGGAGUCGCGGGCUCAGAUGGAGAGCCAGGUUCCGUCGAGCUCACAGCAGAGGACCGGGGAGGAGGACUCCAGCUUCGGGUACCCCGGAGAGCGAGACGACAUUGGGAAGCAGGGGAAGAGAGUAGAUGGGAUGGAGUGUCGGGCGGACCAUGUAGCGAAGCGAGAGGAGGACGACAGGGACAACGAGACCAUAGAGCAUGUGGAGUGCAGGCUGCAGCUGGAGGCCCAGCGGAUCAGCCUGUCUCAGAUACACGCUGCGCAGCUGGAGCUGCUCCGGGAGCAGACAGACGCCCGUGCCUGCAUACUUGAGCUGGGCCGCCUCAAAGAACCAAGGGACUUCACAGAUGAUCCCAAAAGCUCCAAGUACCGGAAUGUGGUGCAAAUUGUGUCUGAAGAAUGCAAGCAGCUCAUCCUGUCCUUUGCUAAACUUUUCGGAGAGGAAUUCUUGGAGUAUCUCCACCCCACUGAUGUUGAGGACUGGACGAUUCAUUCAUGUGAAAAGGAAGAAACCAGGGAUCCCAGUGCUGUUUUACAGGAUGCAAAAGAAAUGUGUAGAGACCUUCAGCAGGUGAAGAAAAGGAUUGAGCAGGAGCAUGGUCGUCUACUACAGCUCCAGUCCUUACUGAAGGCAGAUGGCAAUACGAUUGAGGUGAUACAGCUGGGGUACAAUGAUCUGAAGCGCAGCAGUCAGGAGGAGAUCGCCAGCCUGCGCAAGAUUAUCGACAGCUCUAUUACUUCCACACACGGCCUUGAUGAUCGGAGGGAGCUGACCACUGCUUCGCCCUCCUCCCACACUACUGAGGACGUCCAGAAGUUGAGGGCCGACGUCCAGCAGCAGCGGGCCCAGCUGGAGGAAUGCCACAGACUGGAGGUGGAGCACCUUAGGGCCUACUACCAGCAGCAUGCCAAAGAGACAGAGGAGCGCUACUCUACCGAACUCCUAGUGCUACAGCAGCACCUUGAUGAGGUCACAGGCACUGAGGCCCAGUUCAGCCUGUCCAGUGCUGCCCAGCUUGGCUUGCGGACAGAGGAAGAGGAUGCAAAGGAACUAAAGCUGGUGGAGGAGGAGGCGUUGUUGGUGGGCCUGGGUGCGGAGCUACGCGGGCCGUCAAAGUCUAUGAGCCUGACGGCACAGCUGCAGGUGUUGAGGGGAGCGCUCUACCACAAGUACCUCCAGGAGGUGGCCGCGCUGAAGGAGCAACACUGUGCCGAGCUCACCAGACUCAGAGAAGAGAGGGAGCAGGAAAAGAGAGAGAAGGGGAGGGAGGAGGUGUGGUCACAGGUGAAGCAGGAUCCAGAGGGCAUCAACGGGGGUGUCCGCUCUAUCGAAGGGCCCAGUGAGGAGGAGAGGAGACACCAGGAGAGGGUGGAGGAAGAGAUAGCUAAGGUCAUAGUUCAGAUGUCAGUGGAGUUUGCCCAGCAGAGAGAAUUGGCCCGAAUCUCCAAGAGCGCCCGCGAGACAACCUCGGCCAUGCAGACCCAAUCUGAGGAGGAAGAGGAACAGCAGACCCCCAGGAGCUCACUCGCCAAGGGGAUCUCUCCGGAGGCGGUGCAGAGGAAGUUCGUGGAGGACAAAGAGAGGCUGGAAGAGAGGACUGCGGAGCUCCGUAGGAUUGAAGCGCAGAUUUGGCACGGAGGUCCUGGAUCUGAGCAGAUGGGAUAUUCCUCCGAUGGAGAGAACGAGAGAAAACAAAGUGGAAAGAAGGAAAGGGCAAAAUCACAAAUGAAAAGCAGAGGCUCACAGAAAGAAAAGAGAGGAGAUGAGGAAGAAGGAGAGGAAGAUGAAGAGGUCAGGAGGAAGAUGGCAGUUAGUGGAAUUGUUUCGUCACAAGUUGGAGGGGAUGGCUCUUCCUGUCCAGAUCAUCAGGUCAUCACUACUGAGAGGAAUCUGCUGCGUAAGGCCAACGAGAGCCUCCGCCAGGUGCUGAGUGAUGUGCUCAAGACCACAGCGGCCGCUGAGGAGACCAUUGGACGCCACGUGGAGGAGCUGCUGGUACCCCCAUCCUCCUCACAGAGACCCACCUGGCAGAGAGCUGCUGGCGAGCCCUUCAGGCCUGCUACAGAGGCUGCGGGAGAUGCGUUGGUGACUGAGAGUUGCCAGGGAAGCGAGCCUGGGGUGGACAACGUGAGCGUGUGGUCGGGCGAGACGGAGACAGACGAGGGCCUGGAGAUGUCCCAGCAGAUGAUGACAGACAGUCACAGCCUGUUGCCGGAGCUUCAGCUGGAGAACGAGGAGUACCUCAUGAAUAUUAGCUCCCGCCUCCAGGCUGCCGUGGAGAAACUGCUGGUGGCCAUUACUGAGACGACCAAUCAGCUGGAACAUGCACGCGUCACCCAGACGGAGCUGAUGCGCGAGUCCUUCCGCCACAACCAGGAGAUGGGCGAUCUGCUGCGGCGGCAGGAGGAUCUGCAGGAGAGGCUGGUGGAGGAGGGGCGUGCCCGCGAGCAGCUGGCCCUGGAGCUCCACAGGGCUGAGGGUCUGAUUGAUGGCUACACAGGUGAACGUGCUGCGCUGGAGGAGCAGGUGCGUCAGAAAGAGGAGCUACAGCUAAGCCUGGAGCAGGAGCUGCAGGUGACGAGCAGCCGCCUACACGAACUGGAGCAGGAGAGGCUGCAGAUGCAGGAAGAGCGUGAGAUACUGUCACGGCAACAGGACGCCAUGAGGGAGCAUGCCGGCCCCCGCGAGUUACGCCUAGUUGAAGCUGCAGUUGAUGCAGCACCUGAAGCAGACCUCCUGGAGGAGACGGAGAAGCUGAUGGCUGAGAAGGUAGAGGUGCAGCGGCAGGCGGAGAAGGAGAGCCUGGACCUUCUGCACCAGGUGAAAACACUGGAGGCUGAGCUGGAGGAGCAGAUCAACAGGGUCAUCGAGCUGGAGCAUGCCCGCAAGACUGAGAGCGGCGACCUGCUGCAGCAGAUCCAGGCUCUGGAGAAACAACUGGAGAAGAAUCGGAGGUUCCUGGAUGAGCAGGCUGUUGACCGCGAACACGAGAGGGACGUCUUCCAGCAGGAGAUCUUGAAUCUGGAGCAGCAGCUGAAGAACAGCCAGAAGCAGCAGCCCGGCUCUGAGCAAAGAAGCAGAGAGGUGGACCAGCUGACCCAGCAGCUGAGGGAGAAGGCGGACUGGUGCAGCGAGCUGCUGCUGGCGUCCGAGCAGCUGCAGCGCGAGGUGGGCGAGCGCAACGAGGAGAUUGACAAGCUGGAGGGUCGCAUCCGCGAGCUGGAGCAGGCGCUGCUGGCCAGCACCGAGACGGUGGAUGAUAAGAGGCAGGAUGUGUCUGUUUGUGAGCUUGGGGACUCAUCACUGGAGGCUCAGCUACAGACUGAAAGAGAGGCUCUGGACAGGAAAGAGAAAGAGAUCAGUAACCUGGAGGAGCAGCUGGAGCAGUUCCGGGAGGAGCUGGAGAACAAGAGUGAUGAGGUGCAGCAGCUCGACAUGCAGCUGGAGAUCCAGAGGAAGGAGCUGAGCACCCAGCAGAAAGACCUGGAGACCAAGGACCACCUGCUCCAGCCAGCAGAUUAUAAUCUCCGAACAUAUGAUACAUUUUUGAAGGUGAUGGAGGAGAAGGACAGGGAAAUAGCCCUUCUUAAUGAGCAGAUGGCUAAGCUUCAACACACGGAAUCAGCCCCUGAUAACAAGGAAAUCAAUGCGAGGGACGAACUACUGUGGGAGCUGGAGUCCCAGGUGGAGUGCAUGCGGAGCGAGCAGCAGCGCCUGAAGAAGAACAGCGAGGAGGAGCUGGAGCAGCUAAACGCUGUCAUCGACAAGCUCCAGGAGGAGCUAGCCAACAUCGAGCGGAAGCAAUCCUCGGAGACGGACGAGGAGCUCAAGGGCCAGUUGGAGAGCCAGGUCGGAGGUCCCAGCAAGGAGGAGUACGACGAAAUGAAGCAAAAGAUGGACCUGGCCACCCAAGAGCUGGACACCAUCAAAGCCGAGCAAUGCAUGCUCCUGGAGAGGUACCGGUGCUUGCAGGAGAGCAGGCUAGCAUUAGCCGAAUCGGAAAAGGAGCAGUCGGACGACACCGCGAUGGAGCUGCAAGAUGCCCUCAGGGAGAAGACUGCAGAAUUCUUGGUGGUGCAGGCUCAGAUCCAGGCGCUGGAGCAGAGCGCCACCUCCAGGUUGGAGGAGCUGAGCCUCCGCGUCCAGGAACUUGAAGCCUGUGUCAGAGAAAGGGAUUCUGACCUGAUCCGCUGCCGGUUCCUGGUGGAGCGUGCCCAGGAGGACGCCGACGAGCUCCAGCGCAAGGUCCAGGAUCUGGAGGACAAGCUGAGGGAGAGGGUGGCGGCCGCGCUUGUCAGCCAGGCCCAACUGGGCGCCGUCCAGCAACAGUUGCAUCAAUCGCAGGAGUCCAAGGGAAAGAGAACCAAAGAAUUCAGCCACCAGGAUCCCCAGGGACAGAUGGAGGUACCGGACUUUGGGUUUGCAGGAACGUCCCGCGCAGCGGAGAUCCAAGGAGCCAAACAGGGCCCCACGGGGAAGGUGGUCCUCCUGACGGAGAAGCUCCGCGAGCUGGAGGUGGGCCUGAGUGGCAUACAGAAGGACCAGGAGCUGCAGAAGCAGCUGCUCUCCAGUUCCGAGGAGGAGGUGUUGGAGUACGAGAAGAGGCUGGUCAUGCUCAUGGAUUUGCUCAAUCAGAUGAGGACGACCAAGCCUGGUGGAUACCAGAGAACGUUUACGGCCGAAGAGACUCCAUCUUCUGGAGAAAACGAGCCGGCUGUAUCUAGGAUGAUACAGGAACUACAGGAGGUCAGAGACGAGGCUUCAGCCACUAAAGCACAGCUCAGCAGUUGCAGGGAGAACAGCAAUAAACUCCAGCAGGAGCUCAAGGCAAAAGAGGUUGCAAUAGCAAAGCUUCAAGAAGACCUUCAAAGGCAGGUGUCAUUGGGAGGCGGGGAGGCCAAGGUGUCUGAGCUCCAUCGGCAGCUGAAGGAGGUCAAAGAGGAGGCCGCUGCCACCAAAGAGGAGCUCAGCAGCUACAGGGAACGCUGUGACAAACUACAGGAGCUGCUACAGGAGAGAGAGAUGACCAUAGCACAUCUAAAGGGAGAACUCCACCGGGCCUCAUCGGAAGGUGACAGUGCCACCGCGUCUAAGCUUCUCCAAGAGCUCCAGGAGGUCCGAGAAGAGGCAGCUGCUACCAAAGAACACCUGAACAGCUUCAGGGAGUGCAGCGAUAAACUCCAGAACGAACUCCAAGUCCGCGACCUGUCCAUUGCACAGCUUCAAGAGGAGCUCCAACAGCUCAGAAUAGCCUUGUCAAAAACCACAGAGUCACCGUCACCACUAUUCCCACUAUCACCAUCUCAGUCUCCCUCACCCCAGCAGCAGCAGCCGGUACCAGCCUCCAAUCCGAAAAAGAAAGGAGUCAAACCGCAAGACCACCGCCAUGGAGCCAAGGGAAAAAUGGCCGCCACUGCCAAAGACAAACCAUCGCUCUCUAGGAAGAUCUCUGCCGCGGAGAACAAAACGUCCUCUGACAAAUCGUCUGGUCUUAAUGUAUCUCAACGUCUGCCUCGUACAGAUGCUGGCACCCAGACGGAGACCUUUUCCUCCCAGACAUCUGACCAGCCCAGGUCUGUGUCAGAGGAAGAGGUGGAGGAGAUGAUCGGGGAGUACCAGGAGAAGAUCGUACAGAUGCAGGAGCUGCACGCAGCGGAGAUCCUGGACAUGGAGGCCCGGCAAAUCGCAGAGAGCGAGGCCCUGAAGAGGGACGCUCAGAUGCUGGAGGAGGAGUGUAGGGCUCUCAAGACCGUCAUCGAGAAGCUACAACGCUCUCAUGAGGCCCCCUCAUCGAGACCAGAGCGUCCCGCAGGAUCGCAAUUUAAAGACGGCUACACCAGUGACAGCAGUUCUGAAUGGAGUCAGCGGACAGGUUAUGACCUGCCUAAUCUGCAGCAGGAGUUCAGGACCACGCCAGAGGGAGCCAGGAUAGAGACAGACGAAGCCCUGCCUGACAGAAUUAAGAACCUGCUUCGUGAGGUGCACCAGGAAGGUAUGCAGGUGCUAUCCCUGUCGGAGCUGCCAAUCCCAGAGGGCGAGGCUGACUCAGCCAGCCUGAUCCACCAUGCUCAGGGCUGGCCCAAAGAGAGAGGGGCCUUGCUGGCCACUGUGGAGUCCCUCAAGGCCCUCAUUGCCCAGAUGCAGACACACAGCAGGGAAACACAGACUCCAGGUAGUGCGGACUGGCGUGGAGAGCUGCUGGGGGCAGUGCAGCAGGUGUUUGUGAGGGAGCGGAGUGUGCUGAAGAGCACCCUCUAUGCCCGUCUGGACCAGCUGGACACUAGCGACGCUGUCAUCCACCUCAACCAUCUGGAGCACAGGCUAGCUGAGCAGGAUGCCCAUCACAGGGAUGCCAUGGGGAUGCUGCAGGCUGCAGACAGAAGCAGUUUGCUGACAGAGGUCCGGCAGCUCCGGGUCCAGCUACAACAAAUCCAAGCCCAGGAGCCUGGCAGAUCCAAUCAAGGUGUUCAGCCCAGUGUGUCGCCUGGUGUUGAGCAGCAGAGGGAGAGAGGAGCCCCUCAGGCUGGUUUGUGUGGCAUUCAGGAGCCCCCCACACUGCAGCAGGCUGACAGGGCUCUGCUGGAGGAGCUGAAGGGAGAACUGUCCCAGACCAAACUAGAGCUGGAGACCACACUCCAGGCCCAGCAAAAACACCUGAAGGAGCUGGACACAGUCAGAACGGAGGUGUCACAGAAGGCUGCUGAGGUGGACACCCUGACGGACAGACUGGCAGACGAACAGAAGAAGGCCAGAGAGAUGCAGUGGGCCUUCGAGAAGGAGAAGUGUAAAUCUGACAAGAAAGAGGAGCUGGAGAGCGAGGAGCUGGAGGAUCUAAAACUGGCCCUGGAGGAGCAGCAGAGUCAUGUAGCCCAGCUGACCUCAGCCCUAGACCAGGAGCGCCAGUCCACCUCCCAGCUUUCCGUCCAGGCCGAACAGGAGCGCUCCAUACUGCAGACCCAGGCCUCGCAGCUCCACAUCCAACUAGAGUCAGAGCGAGCCCGGGCCCAGGAGCUGAGUAGCGCCCUGGGGAGAGAGAAGGAGCUCCGCCAGCACGGCUCCUCCUGGAGUGAAAGCCCAGAGAGGAAGGGGGCUGAGAGUGGGGAGGAUGAAGUGGUGGGAGGGGCGAUGUCAUCCGAAGCUCUUCUGGAGGGACUGCGGAGGGAGAUGGACAAGAAGCAUGCUCAGGUGGUUAGUCUGCUGGAUGAGGUGGAGGCCCAGAAGCUGGAGGCUGUGGGACGGGAGCAGGAGCUGACCUCGGCAGCUCAGAGGUCAUGCCAGGACCAGGAGGCUCUUCGUGAGGCAAGGGGCCAGCUGGAAAGCCUGGGGGAGCAGGCACGGGACGCCAUGGCGCAGCUGGUGAGAGAGGUGCAGCAGGGGAAGCGACUGGAGCAAGAGAAGGAGAGGCUGCAGGAGAAAGUGGUCCGGCUGGGAGAGAUGAGAGGGGGGGAGACGGUUGGGAGCGGGACGCAGCAGCAGCCUGAUAACCAAAACCAGGCUGUGUGGCGAGGCAUUCCCACUGACCGGACCAGAGACUGGGUGUUCCAGCAGAAGCCUGGCGACAUGCUUACUAUCGAAUCCAGCGCACCUUCCCUCCUUGAGGUCACUGGGACAGGGGUCAACCUCGCCCCCCAUAACCCAAAACACUCAGACAAGGUCUUGGGCAAACUGCAGCUCAUCGCAGCCAAGAUCCAAACCAUGGUCAGCAAGGGCUCUGGCAGGCUGACUUCGGAGGUGGACAGUGAAGGGCUGUCGUGGCUGCAGACCAAUAUUGAUGAGGUCAUCACUAUGCUGCAGCAGUCUCCAGCACUCCCCUUGGUCCCUGAGAGCACCGCCCUGCUGGCGGGAGGCCAGUCCAGCUCCCUGACAGAGCGGCUGCUGAGGCAGAAUGCUGAGCUCACUGGCUUCGUCAGCCGUCUGACAGAGGAGAAGAACGAUCUGCGCAACCAGGUCCUCCGCCUGGAAGAUGAGCUUCGACGCUACCGCCAGGCUGGUCUGGGAUCAGGGGACAGCUCCAGCAGGAGAGGCGGCGUGGACAAGCAGCAUGAGGCGGCCAGCCUUCUGUUCUCGUCGGAGCGCGAGUCCUGGACCAGGGAGAGGAGCCGGCUGGAGAAGGGCCUGCGUCUAGCCCAGGCCGAGGUGACCCGAAUGAGGGGAGAGAUCAGGGCAGAGUCCCUCAGAGACAUGACCGGACCGGACACAGACAACAACACACUGAAGAGGAUGUAUGGCAAGUACCUGCGCUCCGAGAGUUUCCGCAAGGCCCUCAUCUACCAGAAGAAGUACCUGCUGCUGCUGCUCGGCGGCUUCCAGGAGUGUGAGGAAGCCACGCUGUCGCUUAUUGCUCGCAUGGGUGGCCGGCCCUCUCACUGCAGCCUGGAGUCCCCGACACAGCACCGCCGAGGGCUGACGCGCUUCCGCUCGGCUGUCCGCGUCUCCAUCGCCCUCUCCAGAAUGCGUUUCCUGGUCAAGAGAUGGCAUAAAGCUACGGGGAUGAGGUCCAUAACAUCUGGCAAUGUGAACAGAAACGGUCUGGGACAGUCACCAGGUAUCGAGAUGAGGACAGACUCACCCUACCUGCAUCCAGGGAGUGUGGAGGUGUACGGGGAAAUCAGAGGGGCCAGCAGGGGGCGCACUGGACGAGACUCCCCCAGUUCCGCCCUUUCCUCUGCACAACACAGGUUCCACAUGGCUGGGGACACUCUGACCUGCUCUCACCUCCAGAACUACGACCCUGACCGAGCGCUCACCGACUACAUCUCCAGACUGGAGGCCCUGCAGAGGAGACUGGGGAGCGUGCAAUCAGGUUCUUCUUCAUAUGCUCAAUUGCACUUUGGAAUAAGAAGAUAAGUCUUUAAUUUUCAUUGAAACUGUCUUGAAGAAACUGUUGCCUUUUCUUGUGCUGAGCUUUGGUAUUUUGUAUCAUUCUGCUGUGUACAGUAUAUAUCUAUAUAUAUUACGUGGGGACCAAAAACUAUUUUUUGUGUGUGGACAUCUUAUAAUCAGGCUUUUUGUCGCCAGCACUUGAAACAGCUUCUAUGUUUGUAAACUUUGGUCUGCCUCUUUGUUGUGGGUAAACACAAUCACGUUAAAUGUAUAUUUGUGGAAUGCUAAUUUAAACAAAAAACAUUGAUUAACUUAAUUUAUACUGUGUGGGUGGAAGAAUAUGUAGUGCAGGCUUUUCCAGAAAACGCCAGUCCUGGAGACGUACCGGGUGGGUGUGCAGGUCUUUGCUCCAGCCCAGCUCUAACACACCUGAUUAAAGUUACCGUGGUUUCUUAAAUGGAAGACCAUGAUUGGUUGAUUUAUUGGAAAUUGUUGUUAGUGCCGGGCUGGCACGCCCAGUAGCUCUCCAAGACGGGAAUUAGGAGAAUUCUUGACGUGGAGAAUGUUUGACUUUACUGUUGAGGAGGCUGCUACAGGAUCUAUAUACACUACACUGUGUUUUAUUAGAAUGGUUUCUUGGACAGACUACAAUUUGUAGAAGACAUAUUUUUGUAAAGGUAGGAACUUUGAAUUUUCUGGGUAUUUUGUUAGAAAUGUAAUUAAAGAUGCAUUUUAACACUUGAAA